AGAUUCAAGAAACGAGCUCUUUUUUAUAGUUUUGUGUUUCUUUUGAUUCUCAAACCCUACUUUUUCUUUUCACCUUUCCAUUGAUUUUUCCUCGGUGAGCCCUUGUCCUUCUCCGCCGCCAACGAUUUCCACUGGUUUGAGCGCCAAAGAGAGGAUGUGGAGGCUUAAGAUUGCGGAAGGAGGCAACCCAUGGCUUCGGACGACGAACAACCAUGUGGGUAGGCAGGUCUGGGAGUUCGACCCUAAUUAUGGAUCACCAGAGGAACUUGCAGAGGUGGAAAAGGCGCGUGAGGCAUUUCGUCAGCACCGGUUUGAAAGGAAGCAUAGCUCUGAUCUCCUCAUGCGUUUGCAGUUUGCAAAGGAGAACCCGCUAGAGCUCACUCUUCCUCAAGUCAAGGUUGAGGACGAUGAAGAUGUGACGGAGGUGGCUGUUACCACUGCCUUAAGAAGGGCUAUCAGCCGGCACUCCACACUCCAAGCACAUGAUGGGCACUGGCCUGGGGAUUAUGGUGGUCCAAUGUUCCUUAUGCCUGGCUUGGUUAUAGCAUUAUAUGUUACGGGAGCUCUGAAUGCUGUCUUAUCACCGCAACACCAACAGGAGAUGUGCAGAUAUCUUUACAACCAUCAGAAUAAAGAUGGAGGUUGGGGUUUACACAUCGAGGGUCACAGUACAAUGUUUGGCUCAGUGCUAACAUAUAUUACUCUAAGGUUGCUGGGUGAAGAAGCUGAAGGAGGAGAUGGGACCAUGCAAAGAGGAAGAAAAUGGAUUUUGGACCAUGGUGGUGCAACUUUGAUAACAUCAUGGGGGAAGUUUUGGCUUUCUGUACUUGGAGUAUUUGAUUGGUCUGGCAACAAUCCGUUGCCCCCUGAGAUAUGGCUUCUCCCAUACUUUCUCCCAAUUCAUCCAGGACGCAUGUGGUGCCACUGUCGGAUGGUUUAUUUGCCCAUGUCAUACAUUUAUGGAAAGAGAUUUGUGGGGCCAAUCACACCAUUGGUUCUAUCCCUAAGAAAAGAACUGUAUAAUCUUUCAUAUGAUCGCAUAGACUGGAACCUUGCUCGUAAUCAAUGUGCAAAGGAAGACCUAUAUUACCCCCACCCGCUGCUUCAAGAUAUUCUUUGGGCAUCUCUUCAUAAGUUCGCUGAACCAGUUCUGCUGCACUGGCCUGGUAGUAAAUUAAGGGAAAAGGCUCUACGGACCACCAUGCAACACAUUCAUUACGAAGAUGAGAACACUAGAUAUAUCUGUGUUGGUCCUGUAAACAAGGUACUAAAUAUGCUAUGCUGUUGGGUGGAGGAUCCAAAUUCAGAGGCCUUUAAGUUGCAUCUGCCAAGAGUCUAUGACUAUCUAUGGGUAGCUGAAGAUGGCAUGAAAAUGCAGGGUUAUAAUGGCAGCCAACUUUGGGAUACUGCUUUCACUGUUCAAGCAAUUGUGGCGACUAACCUUUCUGAAGAAUUUGCUCAUCCUUUGAAAAAGGCACAUGAUUACAUACGGAAAACACAGGUCCCUGAUGAUUGUCCUGGAGAUCUUAGCUUCUGGUAUCGCCACAUUUCUAAAGGUGCAUGGCCAUUUUCUACGGCAGAUCAUGGCUGGCCUAUAUCUGAUUGCACAGCAGAAGGAUUAAAGGCCUCGCUUCUAUUAUCACGAUUUUCACCAGAAAUUGUUGGGGAACCUGUAGAUGCAAAACGGCUUUAUGAUGCUGUCAAUGUCAUCCUUUCCCUCAUGAACGAAGAUGGUGGCCUUGCCACUUAUGAACUGACACGCUCUUAUGCCUGGAUGGAGAUGAUCAAUCCUGCUGAGACCUUUGGGGAUAUCGUUAUUGAUUACCCAUAUGUGGAGUGCACUUCAGCAUCAAUCCAGGCGCUAACUGCAUUUAAGAAAUUAUACCCGGGACAUCGGCGAGAAGAGAUAGAAGCAUCCAUUCAAAAAGGAGUCAACUUUAUUGAAAAGACGCAGAAGCCUGAUGGUUCAUGGUAUGGUUCUUGGGCUGUAUGCUUUACGUAUGGCAUAUGGUUUGGAACCUUGGGACUAAUUGCUGGAGGAAGAACCUACAAGAAUAGCUCCUGUGUCCGCAAAGCUUGUGACUUUCUGUUGUCAAAAGAGCUACCUUCAGGUGGCUGGGGAGAGAGUUACCUUUCUUGUCAGGACAAGGUAUACACAAAUCUAGAGGGUAACCAGCCACAUGCAGUCAACACUGGAUGGGCCAUGUUAACUCUUAUUGAAGCUGGACAGGCGGAAAGAGAUCCGAAACCAUUGCAUCGUGCGGCAAAAGUGUUGAUUAACAUGCAAUUGGAAAAUGGAGAGUUUCCUCAACAAGAAAUUAUGGGAGUGUUCAACAGAAACUGCAUGAUCAGCUAUUCCGCGUAUCGGAACAUAUUUCCAAUAUGGGCACUUGGUGCAUAUCGUUGCCGAGUCCUGCCCUACUUAAAUCAUUAAUUAUUAUGCAUGUCUCGCCGGCAUUCAGUGGCAUGAUCCAGUAGUAACUGAUCUUUUCCUGGCAUCAUCAGCUGAAAAAAAAAAGUGCAUUGUAUUGUAACACUCUGAAUAAAACAUAUGCAGUCACUUUCCUAGACAUAGAUUAUCUUGGCAACUAUUGGAACCUUAAUGCAAACUUGUAUUCAUGUUGAUUUUGCCAAA